AUGCCAAUUUCGAGUCGAUCAUCACCCCGAGGUGUUGUUUUACAAAAAGAGCACGAACACGCUGCGGAAACUCCCUCUGCGCUUCGUGAGUCCUUCGGCCAGCUUCCUCGUUCAGCCAGUAUCGACUCGAUGGUCGAAGCAGCAAUUUGCGCACGUCACUCCGAGCCCAGCCCACCGACAACACUACAAAUUCCUAGAGCCGACCGCGCCUUCAGUCUCGCCUCACCAGUUGUUGGAAGACGCGCCAAAACACAACGAGGGCAGGCUGGUGAGUUAAGUCUUAAAUAUUAUAAAUCCUUCAAAGUCGUUGAAGCAUUAAUAAAGGUCUGA